AUGCCCUACUUUAGGCUAGCACGGGGUGAAUGCAUGUGUAAUGAAUGUAAACAAACUGCGCUUGUUUAUUUUAGAUCAGUGGUCGUUGUGAGAAGCUCGCAUGAGGAAAGAAAAUGUAUUCCUUAACUAAAAUUGUUCCGCGAUUCAAUCGUCUGGUGGUAAGAGGUUUGUAUUCAGACGUACAGGCUUCCAAACAGAUACCCGAACUGCCGGCAUAUUUGUUCGGACAAACCAACAUUUCGGACAAAGGUGUUUCUACAGUCAUGGAACAAGAUCUAGUAAGUGUGGAAGGAUUUCAAGGCGAAAUAAGGGACCUUUCCGUACCCGAGGCUCGCCAUGUAUUGUCUCAAGCGACUGAAUAUGAGAUUCAAGGACCAAGUGUGCAAAUUGCACCGGAACAAGUUCAAUUAAACUACAGUAUUCCCAGUGAAAAAGAACAUCAACCAACAGUGAAAGCUCAUUCUGAUGUAUUCGAAGGCCUUGGGAGCCAUGUGAGUCUACAUGGACACAUGCAGAGCAAUGUACCAUACCCACAUGUACCGAGUGAUGUGUCUAGUGGCUACGGAAGCUUCCAAAACAUGCCUGGUGGCACGGCCAGACUUCUUGAUAAAUAUGUAUCAGCAGGGGCUCAAGCCUGUCACCCUUCCAGGCAAUUCUCAACAUCUUCCAAGAACUCAGUGAGUCAGCAGGGUUCACAGGAAAAACCAUUUGAAGCCACUGAAAUCCUUCAGGAUGUCUCCCCACAGGGCAUACAGGGGGAUAACUGUGUCAGCUUCAAGCUGUGGAUGGAGAACUGCCAGCGUUACCACCUUCCAAACUGUGACGAGCAGCUGGCAUCUCUCAAAUCAGGACGGAAGUCUCUGGCACAAGUCUUUAAGGAGCAACAGGACAUCAUAAGACUGGUUGCAGAGGACUAUAAACGCAAACAAGAAUCACAGUUUAAAAUGGCUGCUGAGACAAAUGCCCAGGGACAGCAGGACUAUUUUGGUUACGCUUUCUCGUUUUCUGCACAUGAUCCUUGCCCACAAGGUUUUCAAGGGGAUGACUGUGCCACGUACAAAGCCUGGGCCCAUAACUGCAAGGCAUUUGGUUUCGGGGACUGCGCACAAAAAGAUAAAGAUAUUCAGUCUGGUCGACGUACUUUGCAGGAGGUUUUUGAUGAGCAGGAAGAAUUGAUCAAGAAAAUUGUUGCCAAUUACACUACGAGCCAGGCUUUUAGUGAUGCCACAUCUGGAACCACAGGCCAGGUUGGUAAAAAUGCUGAAAUAAAGUCAUCCUCGAGGGAUUCAGAUAAAACUAAUGACGCAGUUGAUACACAUAGCAUUCCCCCCAAUAAUAAUCCUAAUUCCGAAAGUCCAAAUGAAAGGCCAUUGAGUAAUAAAGACAAGCUUAAGCGCGCUGUGAAGGAAUAUGGGGCCACAGUUGUGGUUUUCCAUAUUGGUAUUUCCCUUAUGUCCUUGGGAGGAUUCUAUAUGGCAGUAUCAAGCGGGCUUGAUGUGGUCGGCAUAUUGACGCGGUUAGGGGUCAGCGAGUCCAUCUUACAGUCGCGUAUAGCGGCCGGUUCGACGACGUUCGUGGUGGCGUACGCCGUUCACAAGGUGUUCGCGCCCGUUCGUAUCGCCACCACGCUCACCUGCACGCCGUUCAUCGUGCGAUACCUGCGCCGUGUCGGAGUACUCAAGCCGCCUAAAUCUUCCAAUUGAAAUACAAUUUUAUUAAACAGUGUUUAAAUUACCAGUAAAUAAUCAAACUCUUGGCAAGUGGCCCUCAGGGAGCUGAACGUUUGUACUCGUAAAAGCUCAAAGCAUUCAAGAAAAACUAUAAACAUUUUUAAUCGCAUGGUUGAACUCAUUUACUUUAUGAAAACCAAUAUUAUAUAUUAAGUAAAGUAGCAUAAAAGGCAAUUAUCAGCGAUAUUCAUUAUAACUUGCGUUUUCAGUAUUUUUUUUCACAUCCGUGGCAUAUUUCAUGUCAUUUACGACGAACUAUUGCUGAUUAAAAACUUAAAUUGUUAUAGUACAAAAUUAAUGCUGUAAGUUUUGUCCUAAGAAUAUUGUUUAGAUAGGAUACACACAUGUUUUGUGAAAACGUGUAUUCAGUAUUUCUAAAACUAAGUGCUAUGAAGUUAUUUAUAAAUAUAAUGCUCAUUAUUUGUUCAGGAUCGUAUAACUCAGUAAUGAAAUGAUUGUCACAAUGUUUUUUUACAAUUUUUAAUGUUUAUCAUGUCAGCAUUAAUACACGAAGAACAUUGGGAUUGCUUUGCUUCAGAAUGAAUUAUUGAAUGGGCUUCAUUUUGUCUAUGUUGUUAUUGAAAUAUGAUUGGUGUUUGUGUUGAAAACCCAUAUUUUUGUAAUGUGUAACUGUGUUCAUGUGCUUAAAUAUUUGAUUUUGAUUCUUCAUAGCUAUUUACACCAUAUGUUGUAAGGUAAAAGUCAACUUCAUUACAUGUAACGUUAAUGAUGAUAUUUUUGGGGGAAUAAGAUUUUUGAAUGUGCUGUUGUUAAGUAAUUCUGCUUUGAAUGUGCUGUUGAUAAGUACUAUUGAUUUGAAUGUGCUGUUGUUAAGUACUAUUGAUUUGAAUGUGCUGUUGUUAAGUACUAUUGAAUUUUGAAUGUGCUGUUGUUAAGUACUACAUAUUUGAAUGUGCUGUUGAUAAGUACUAUUGAUUUGAAUGUGCUGUUGAUAAGUAAUAUUGAAUUGAAUGCGCUGUUGUUACGUUCCUUUAUAGUUGUGCUUGUGUUAAAUACAGAUGAUUUAUUA